GUAAUAUGUUUCCAUGCCCUCUACUUCACUCCACGGCCUGUCAAUCAUUUCCAUUAUGAAUGUCUCGUUAAUGCAGAAAAGCAGCUGAGAGGACGAGAAUAGUUUAAGCAGCGACCGCAGUUUGGCUGCGUUUGCAGCCAAGAGAGGACGGGGGAAGAUGCCCUCUCCAUCUUUUACCCUCAAUGCUCAGCUGAGAUUUCAUGACAAGUGGCUGAAGAUAGACUUGCAGCGGGCAUUUUCUCCUGAGGGUCUGAAUGAGAUGUGGAAUGAAAUGGUGAAAGAUGAGGAGAUCACAUUCAAUGGAGAAGAAUCUGCCCACCCAGAAGACUGCCCCAAUUGCUUUGGAGCUCAGAAGAAGGAAGAGUCCAAUGACAAAGAAAAGAAAGAGGAGGAGGAUACAGCCUCAUCAGUGCAUCACUCCAUCAUUGAUACAUGGGACUGGGGACAGCAGCCAGAUGAAAUUGAGUUGAAGGACUGUCUGAUGGUCCUGGUUGACGACCAGCAAAAGCUCUCUCUUCAGAUGGCCAAGAGCACCCUCUCUGCCCAACGCCUGCGCCAGCGUCUUGUUAUCCUGGAACGCUACCUCAUGUCACUGAGCCACAGCAUGAUCGAGGAAAAGUACAAGAACCGUUGGAAGAUGCCCCCUAGCCCACCAUUACCUGCUUCUGAUAACAAGAGCUCCCGUCCAGUCAGUAAAAGUGUUGAAGGUUUGGCCAGAGUCGGCUCCAGAGCAGCUCUCUCAUUUGCCUUUGCCUUCCUGCGUCGGGCCUGGAGGUCAGGAGAUGAUGCAGAUCUUUGCAGUGAGCUUCUCCAGGAGUCUCUGGAUGCACUGCGUACCCUACCAGAGGCCACGCUGUUUGAUGAGGGAACAGUAUCUUCUGUGUGGCUGGAGGUUGUUGAGAGGGCCACUAAGUUCCUCAGUGAUGUCCAUGGCAGUGCAAGCACCAAAGGCAAUAUUCCACUGCAGGACCAGCACCUAGCCUUGGCUAUUCUUCUUGAGUUGGCAGUCCAGAGGGGCACACUCAGUCAGUUGCUGUCUGCUGUUCUGUUGCUGUUGCGCCUUUGGGAAAUUGGCACUAGAGAGAUGGACAAUGAGCGCUCCACCCAGGGGACAUGUGCUCCUUUACUACCCCUCCUGCAGCGCUUCCAGAAUAUACAGAGUAGCAAGGAGGAGCCCAUUUUUGAAGAAGCUGAGAUUCUGACAGCUCCUCUAAGUCCCAAUGAGAGUUUCCUGCGAUACUUGACCUUGCCACAGGAUAAUGAUCUGGCCAUUGACCUGAGGCAAACAGCUGUAGUGAUCAUGGCUCACCUGGACCGCUUGGCUUCUCCUUACAGCCCUCCACACUGUAACUCCCCCACAUCGCACAAGGGAACCAUGCAGGAGGUGAUUGCUUGGGGCUUACUGGGCUGGAAAAGUUACGCCAAUGUCAAUGCACCCAUUCAGUGUAAAGCUAUGUCCAGCCUCGGAGUCACACAAAUUGCUUGUUCAGAAAAGGGUUUCCUCAUCCUGUCGAGCAGUGGUGCUGUCUACACUCAGAACUACAAGAGCACAACUCUGGCUCCGACCUUAGUCUAUGGCCUGAGCUCCAGAAAGAUUGUAAAGCUAGCAGCUCAUCCUGAUGGGCAGCAUUACUUGGCCCUGUCAUCCAAUGGUGAGGUGUUCUCCUGGGGCUGCGGCGAUGGUGGCCGGCUUGGACAUGGAGACACCACAUACAUAGAAGAGCCAACUAUGAUUGCAGCCUUCAAUGGUAAGCAGACAGGAAGACACGUGGUCCACAUUGCUUGCGGGAGCACAUACAGUGCUGCUAUUACUGCUGAUGGUGAGCUCUAUACUUGGGGCAGAGGGAACUAUGGACGCCUGGGUCACGGCUCAAGUGAGGACCAAACUACACCCAUGCUGGUGACAGCACUGAAAGGUCUAAAGGUGGUGGAUGUUGCAUGUGGAAGCGGUGACGCUCAGACACUUGCUGUGACUGAAAAUGGUCAGGUGUGGUCCUGGGGUGAUGGAGACUAUGGAAAACUGGGCAGAGGAGGAAGUGAUGGCUGCAAGACGCCAAAACUGGUGGAGAAACUGCAGGACCUGGACAUAGUUAAAGUUUGCUGCGGCAGUCAGUUUUCAGUGGCCCUCACCAAAGAUGGCCAAGUGUACACAUGGGGAAAGGGAGACAACCAACGGCUCGGUCAUGGCACUGAUGAGCAUGUGCGCUACCCCAAAUUACUCGACAGUCUACAGGGAAAAAAAGUUGUGAAUGUUGCCGUGGGCUCUACACAUUGCCAGGCUCUGACUGAGGAUGGAGAGGUUCACAGUUGGGGUAGUAAUGAUAAGCUGCAGCACUUUGAUACAUUAUUUUCCAUUAAGAAUCAACCUAAAGCCCUCCCAGGGCUGAAUUCCAAACACAUAGUGGGGAUCUCCUGUGGCCCAGGACAGAGCUUUGCGUGGUCCUCAUGCUCAGAGUGGUCUGUUGGGCUGCGUUUGCCCUUUGUGGUGGAUGUGUGCCCAAUGACCUUUGAGCAGUUGGACCUGCUGCUGCGACAGGUGAGCGAGGGCAUGGAUGGCAGCUCUGACUGGCCUCCCUCACAGGAGAAGGAGUGCAUGGUGGUUGCCACACUCAACCUACUCAGGCUGCAGCUCCAUGCAGCCAUCAGUAACCAAGUGGAUCCAGAGGAUCUGGGCUUGGGUCUUGGUAGUGCACUGCUUAACAACCUAAAACAAGCAGUGGUUCUGCUAGCUAGCAAUGCCGGGGUGCUCAAUACUGUGCAGGCAGCAGCCCAAGCUGUUCUGCAAAGUGGCUGGUCAGUGCUGUUGCCCACAGCUGAGGAAAGGGCAAGAGCAUUAUCAUCACUGCUGCCUAAUGCCGCAUCUGGAAAUGAGAUGAGUGUGAGUCCUGGACGUCGGUUCAUGAUAGACUUGUUGGUGAGCAGCCUGAUGGCUGAUGGGGGGUUGGAGUCUGCCUUGAAAGCAGCCAUCACUGCUGAGAUACAGGACAUUGAGGCCAAGAAGGAGGCGCAGAAAGAGAAGGAGAUAGAUGAGCAGGAGGCAAAUGCCUCUUCCAUGCACCGUUGUCGUGCCAUGCUGGACAAAGAUCUCAUCAAUACAGGAAUCUAUGAGUCAGCAGGAAAACAAAGCUUGCCUCUGGUGCAGCUUGUACAGCAGCUGUUAAGGAAUAUUGCAUCCCAGACCAUUGCCAGGUUGAAGGAUGUUGCUCGACGUAUCUCCAGUUAUCUCGAGGCAGAACAUGUCAGCAAAGAACGCUCUGCAUCGCUGGACCUACUGCUACGCUUCCAGAGGCUGUUGGUUAGCAAGCUGUACCUGGGUGUGAAUGGCAUAGAAAAUGCCAGUGGAUACAACCCUGAACUCCUGGGUGUUGGCUCCCUGUUAAAAAAGUACAUUGCCCUACUCUGCACUCACAUUGGAGACAUUCUCCCAGUUGCAACAAGUAUUGCAUGUACUGGCUGCCGUCACUUUGCUGAAGUCUCCCGUGUUAUUGAAGGAGACCUAACUGGUGUGCUCCUCCCUGAGCUGGUGUUGUCCAUUGUCCUCCUCAUCACCAUUGAUGCAGGUUUGAUGCAGGAGACUGGUUCUAUUCCCCUCCUGGCUGGACUCCUGGAGCACCUGGACCGAUUCAACCACCUGGCCCCUGGACAUGAGAGAGAUGAUAACGAAGACCUGGCAUGGCCAGGAAUUAUGGGGUCCUUCUUCACAGGCCAAAAUUCUAAGAACAAUGAAGAGGUGUCCCUCAUCCGCAAGGCAGACCUAGAGAAUCACAACAAAGAUGGUGGAUUCUGGACAGUCAUUGAUGGAAGGGUGUAUGACAUCAAAGACUUCCAGGCGCAGUCACAGUCUCUAAGUGGCAACAGUGUUCUAGCCCAGUUUGCUGGAGAGGAUCCUGUGGUUGCUUUGGAAGCUGCACUGCAGUUUGAGGACACCAGGGAGUCCAUGCAGGCCUUCUGUGUCGGCCAGUAUAUGGAGCCUAAUCAGGAGACGGUCACCACUCCGGACCUCAGCAGUCUGUCCUCCCCUCUUAUUGAUACAGAAAGGAACCUGGGGCUUCUGCUCGGACUCCAUGCCUCCUACUUAGGCAAAAGCACCCCCUUGUGCCCUAUGGAGAUUGAAUGUGCCAAAUGGCUCCAGUCCUCCAUAUUUUCUGGUGGCCUUCAGACCAGUCAGAUUCAUUAUAACUACAAUGAAGAGAAGGAUGAAGACCACUGCAGCUCUUUGGGUACAACCACUCCAGAUAAGGUCAAACUCUACUCCCGUAGGAUAACUCUCAGUGACCAUGCACAGCCAUUCCUGCAGGCCAUUGCUGACAACAACACUCAGGACCACACUGUGAAGUCGGAUAAGUGGCAACCACUUCUAAACAAUGUGGCCAAUGUCCAAAAAUACCGCUGGUUGAAGCAAAGUGUUCAAGGUGCUUUUUCCCAGUCCAGCCUCAUGGCCACUAUAGUGGAGUUUGCACUGAAAGAAGAACCACUAGAUGUUGAGAAGAUGAGGAAAUGCCUUUUAAAACAGUUGGAGAGGGCUGAAGUGAGAUUGGAAGGCAUUGACACCAUGUUGAAGUUGGCCUCCAAAAGCUUCCUACUGCCCUCGGUGCAGUAUGCAAUGCUCUGUGGCUGGCAAAGGGUCAUACCAGAAGGGACCAAUAUUGGAGAGCCACUGUCUGACUGCCUGAAGGAUGUGGAUUUGAUCCCUCCAUUCAACCGCAUGCUGCUGGAGGUGACCUUCGGCAAGUUAUAUUCCUGGGCCAUUCAGAACGUACGCAACAUCUUGCUGGAGGCCAGUGCCCGAUUCAAAGAGCUUGGUGUACAGCCUGUCCCCUUGCAGACCAUCACAAAUGAGAACCCAGCAGGACCAAGCCUUGGCACCAUUCCACAAGCCCGCUUCCUCCUGGCCAUGAUACAUAUGCUGUCCCUGAAACAUGGAGCCAAUAGCCUUAGUCUGUUGUUAAAUUCUGGCAUAUUAGCUCUCACUCAGAGUAUCCUCAGACUUGUAGGUCCAAGUACAGACAGCAGUGAGGAUGAUCUGAGUCCAUAUGCACAAGGAGGCUCGGCCACAGUACUGGAGGAGUCGAGGAAGGAGGCUGCACCUGCCCCUGUACCUGCAUCUGGACCAGAACUGGCUGCUGUGAUGAAGAUAGGCACGAGGGUCAUGAGGGGAGUCGAUUGGAAAUGGGGUGAUCAGGAUGGUCCAUCACCUGGCCUUGGCCGUGUCAUUGGGGAGCUUGGCGAGGAUGGUUGGAUCAGAGUCCAGUGGGAUACAAGCAGCACCAACUCCUACAGGAUGGGUAAAGAGGGAAAGUAUGACCUCAAACUUGCAGAGCCCCUACCUACUGCUCAGCCGCUGGCCGAAGACUCAGACACAGAAGAUGACACAGAAGGUGAGCUGAUGGAGAAGAGUGGCCACCCUACAGCUAUGAUGCUAACCAGCACAGUCAACCUUUUGAAGACACUCUCUCUAUCAGCUGGAAUAUAUGCAGAGGUUUUACAAACGGAUGCAACACGGACUCUUUGUGGACUGUUGAGGAUGCUUGUGGAAAGUGGAGCAAAUGAUAAGUCAGGUGGUCAUUCCCACAGGUUGGUGUCUCGGGAGCAGCACAGGAGCUGGUGCACACUGGGUUUCAUACGCAGCAUUGCUCUUAUGCCCCAAAUGUGCAGCACGCUCAGCACCUCUGCUUGGAUUAACCUCCUCAUUCGAAUUGUUGAGGGACACCACUCCUUCAAUGCCAUUACUCUACAGAGGCAGAUCCUCGCACUACGCCUCUUGCAAGCAGUUCUGCCAUCAUGGGACAAAACUGAACGCUGUCAGGACAUGAAGUUCUUGGUGCAGAAGUUGUUUGCCUUCUUGGGAAGCCUACUGAGCACCUGUUCCUCAGACCUGCCACUUCUCAGAGAGGGUUCCCUACGACGGAGGAAGUCCCGCCCUCAGGCAUCUCUUACAGCUACUCACAGUAGCACAUUAGCUGAAGAGAUUGUUGCUGUCCUGCGCACUCUGCACUCUCUUGGCCAGUGGAACAGCCUCAUAAAUGACUAUAUCAACACUCAGUUGAGUUCCAUUGGUGAUGUUAUGGCAGGCUGUCAGUCUGAAGCAGCUUUCCUAGAAGAGUAUUUCCCUGAUGCUGAUGGUUGUAGAGUAGGCAGUCUGAUGGCAGUGUUAGCAGUGAUUGGAGGGAUUGAUGGGCGUCUCAGGCUCGGAGGACAGGUCAUUCAUGAGGAGUAUGGGGAAGGAACAGUUACUCGCAUUACCCCAAAAGGACGCAUCACUGUCCAGUUUCAUGAGAUGAGGACCUGCAGGGUUUGCUUGCUUAGUCAUCUCAAAUCGCUGCCAGGGGUGUCCUUCAGUGUGCAGAACCUGCCCUUCAUUGAACCGAUGCUGACCGUAUGGGCACAGCUGGUCAGCUUAGCAGGAAGUAAACUGGAGAAACAGCGGUUAAAAAAGUCACUUAGUCGAGGGCUUACAGCUGACCAGGUUGACAUACAUUUGCUGCGGUGCCAACAGCUGAGGCUGUAUAUUUUAAAAGCAGCGCGGGCGCUGCUCUCUCACCAGGACAAACUCAGGCAGAUUCUCUCCCAGCCAGCAGUUGUGGAUAUGGGACCUAAUGCCAUUGAGGACCCAGUAGUGUCACCUCCUGAUGUGGGAGACUUGUCCCCUGAGGGUCCCCUGCCUCCAUUAAUCCUCCUGCAGCAGCUGCUGUCUGCUGCGACUCAGCCCUCUCCCGUCAAAGCCAUUUUUGACAGACAAGAGAUGGAGGCAGCAGCUCUGGCUGUUUGUCAGUACCUUGCUGUGGAAUCCACACAUCCUUCUUCUCCGCUGUUUGAGGAGAGCAGUUCCAGUGAGGCCACCACACCUGUUACCAUACAACAUAUCCGCCCUCCCAAGCAGAAGAAACAGAAGUCCUCUCCUGUUCCUCCAUUACCCAUAGUCCUUCAGCUGAUGGAGAUGGGUUUCCCACGGAAAAACAUUGAAUUUGCCCUGAAGUCACUGUCUGGAACUACAGGCAGUGGCUCUGUUAGCCCAGGUGUUGAGUCUUUGGUGAGCUGGCUGCUGGACCAUCCUGACAUUCACAUCACUGAGGUGUCAGAUGCUGACACAGUGUCUGAUGAAUAUUCUGAUGAGGAAGUGCUGGAGGAGCUUGACGAAGCAGAACCUGCUUUUGCUGCGCCUCCUGGUGCAGUGGUGACUGAAAGCCAAACAUUUAAGAAGAGACCAGAUUUCCAAAGCAAUGAUGAUUACGCUGUAUAUGUGAGAGAGAAUAUUCAGGUGGGGAUGAUGGUAAAAUGCUGUAGGACGUAUGAAGAAGUGUACGAUGGCGAUGUUGGUAAAGUGAUUAAAUUGGACAGAGAUGGUCUUCAUGACUUAAAUGUGCAGUGUGACUGGCAGCAAAAAGGAGGGACAUAUUGGGUCCGCUACAUCCACAUCGAACUACUUGGAUUCCCACCACAAAGUUCUCCAUCCCAUAUAAAGAUUGGUGACAAAGUGAGAGUGAAACCCACAGUCACAACCCCAAAGUACAAAUGGGGCUCUGUCACUCACAGGAGUGUUGGAGUUGUUAAAGCUUUUAGUGCCAAUGGAAAGGAUGUGAUUGUUGACUUCCCCCAGCAGUCCCACUGGACUGGUCUGCUGUCUGAGAUGGAACUGGUCCCUAGUGUUCACCCUGGAGUGAGGUGUGAUGGGUGUCAGAUGUUUCCUAUAAAUGGUCCCAGGUUCAAAUGUAGGAACUGUGAUGACUUUGACUUCUGUGAAAAUUGCUUCAAGACGCGAAAACACAACACUCGACAUUCCUUUGGCAGAAUCAAUGAACCUGGCCAGUCUCCAGCAUUUUGUGGCCGCUCAGGAAAACAGCUUAAAAAGCAUCACAGCAAUCAGCGGGGGAUGUUGAUCGACGAUUGGUCUCGUGCUGUGAAGAGCCUCACUGUGUCAUCGUCUGUUAACCAGGCCUCACGCCUCAUCGACUGCAGUGAUCAGUGCUGGCAGUCCUCCGGCUCGCAGGGAAAGCACUGGAUUCGUCUUGAGCUUUUCCCAGAUGUUCUUGUACACCGGCUGAAGAUGAUUGUCGAUCCUGCAGACAGCAGUUACAUGCCGUCGCUGGUGGUGGUGUCAGGAGGCAGCUCCUUGAACAACUUGAUUGAGCUAAAGGCAAUUAACAUAAAUCCCACAGACACCAAUGUGCUCCUACUUAGUGACUGUAUUGAGUAUCACAGAUAUAUUGAGAUUGCAAUCAAACAGUGCCGCAGCUCUGGUAUAGACUGCAAGAUUCAUGGUCUUGGUAUUGUGGGACGUAUAAGAGCAGAGGAUGAAGACCUGGCUACAGUUCCUUUUUUGGCGUCUGACAAUGAAGAAGAGGAUGAUGACAAAGCUGCCAGUGGGAGUCUUGCUAGAAAGAAGUCAUCAGGAUUGGAGUCAGCAGCCACCAUUACAACCAAAGUGUUUGUGUGGGGACUGAAUGACAAGGACCAGCUUGGAGGACUCAAAGGGUCUAAGAUCAAAGUGCCUUCAUUCUCUGAAACUCUGUCUGCACUCAAUGUGGUACAAGUGGCUGGUGGUUCCAAAAGCCUCUUUGCAGUUACGGUUGAGGGAAAGAUUUUUGCUUGUGGAGAGGCCACUAAUGGCAGGUUAGGCCUUGGUUUGUCCAGUGGCACCAUUUCCAUCCCUCGACAGAUUACUGCCCUCAGUAACUAUGUGGUGAAGAAGGUUGCUGUGCAUUCUGGAGGCCGUCACGCCAUGGCACUAACUGUGGAUGGGAAGGUGUUCUCUUGGGGCGAGGGAGACGACGGCAAACUGGGACACUUUAGCAGAAUGAACUGUGACAAGCCUCGGUUGAUUGAGGCACUGAAGACCAAGCGUAUUCGUGACAUUGCCUGUGGCAGCUCCCACAGUGCAGCUAUCACCUCCAGUGGAGAACUGUACAGUUGGGGGUUGGGGGAAUAUGGUCGCCUUGGUCAUGGGGACAACACUACUCAACUGAGGCCUAAACUGGUGAAGGUACUUCUAGGGCACAGAGUUAUCCAGGUGGCGUGUGGGAGCAGGGACGCUCAAACUCUAGCGCUCACCGAUGAAGGAUUAGUGUUCUCCUGGGGCGAUGGGGAUUUUGGCAAACUAGGUCGUGGUGGCAGUGAGGGCUGCAACAUUCCCCAGAAUAUUGAAAGACUCAACGGGCAGGGUGUUUGCCAAAUUGAAUGUGGAGCACAGUUCUCCUUGGCUCUCACCAAAUCUGGAGUUGUGUGGACCUGGGGCAAAGGUGAUUAUUUCCGAUUGGGCCAUGGCACCGAUGUGCAUGUGCGUAAGCCCCAGAUGGUGGAGGGACUGAGGGGCAAGAAGAUUGUCCAUGUUGCUGUUGGAGCGCUACACUGUCUGGCUGUCACAGAUACUGGACAGGUCUUUGCAUGGGGGGACAAUGACCAUGGGCAGCAGGGGAAUGGCACCACCACAGUCAACAGGAAGCCCACUCUGGUUCAAGGUUUGGAGGGACAGAAGAUCACUCGAGUCGCUUGUGGUUCCUCCCAUAGUGUGGCAUGGACAACAGUGGAUGUGACUACACCCUCUGUUCAUGAGCCAGUCCUUUUCCAGACAGCCAGGGACUCCCUCGGGGCAUCCUAUUUAGGUGUCCAGUCAGACAGCGACUCUUCAUCAGUGAGCAGCAGGAUGAAUGGGCAGAACAGUGUCAAGCCGAAUCGACCUUCCCUGGCCAAGAUUCUCCUUAGUCUGGAUGGCAACCUCGCCAAACAGCAGGGUCUUUCUCAUGUUCUGUCAGCCCUCCAAAUAAUGUAUGCCAGGGAUGCAGUUGUUGGUGCUUUGAUGCCAGCCAGCAUGAUACUGCCAGCAGAGUGCCCUUCCAGCUCACCUGUUCCCCCAUCAGACUCAUCAUCUUCAGCCAGUCUGAGUGAUGAGGAAGGCCCUCCUGUCCCUCUUGAAGCAGAGGAACGGAUCAGUCCUAAUCCCUGGCAAGACAGGAAGGGAGAGGCUCCCUCUACAGAGGAUGCAGUUACACCAUCAUCAGCUGUGACUCCAUCUGCCUCUGGUGCAUCUUCUCGUCCUUUCAUUCCUGUCACUGAUGACCCCGGUGCAGCCAGCAUCAUAGCCGAGACCAUGACCAAGACAAAAGAGGACUCUGAGAACCAGAGCAAAGUUGUGGGUCCAGAGCCUCAGUACCUGGAUGAGUUCACAAGUCUGCUUGUUCCUGAUGAUACACGAGUAAUGGUGGACCUCCUCAAACUGGCAGUUUCAUGUCGCUCUGGAGAAAAGGGCAAAGAAGUGCUGUCGGCUGUGCUGUCUGGCAUGGGCACAGCUUAUCCACAGGUUGCAGAUAUGCUGCUUGAGUUGUGUGUCACUGAGUUGGAGGACGUUGCCACAGAUUCACAGAGCGGCCGUCUGUCAUCUCAACCAGUUGUUGUUGAGAGCAGCCACCCAUACACAGAUGACACUUCCACCAGUGGCACUGUUAAGAUCCCGGGUGCUGAAGGUCUGAGGAUAGAGUUUGAUCGGCAGUCUUCCACAGAGAGACGCCACGACCCACUGACAGUCAUGGAUGGGGCUAACAGGAUCGUAUCUGUUAGAUCAGGUCGGGAGUGGUCAGAUUGGUCCAGUGAAUUGAGGAUCCCAGGAGAUGAGCUCAAAUGGAAAUUCACUAGUGAUGGCUCAGUCAACGGCUGGGGCUGGCGCUUCACUGUGUACCCCAUUAUGCCUGCUGCUGGUCCCAAAGACUUGUUGUCUGAUCGUUGUAUCUUGUCCUGCCCCUCAAUGGACUUGGUCACCUGUUUGCUGGACUUUAGGCUCAAUUUUGCCUCCAACAGGAGCAUCGUCCCUCGUCUAGCAGCUUCCCUUGCUGCUUGUGCUCAGCUUAGUGCACUUGCUGCUGGACACAGAAUGUGGGCUUUGCAGAGAUUACGAAAGCUUCUGACUACAGAAUAUGGCCAGUCCAUUAACAUAAACAGGCUGCUGGGGGACAGUGAAGGCGAAGCUCGCUCUAUGAGUUUCACUGGUAGUGCUCUGGCUGCGCUGGUGAAAGGGUUGCCAGAGGCUCUGCAGAGGCAGUAUGAGUAUGAGGAUCCUGUGGUCAGGGGAGGGAAGCAACUCCUUCAUAGUCCAUUUUUCAAGGUUUUGGUUGCUCUCGCCUGUGAUCUUGAACUUGACACCUUACCGUGCUGUGCUGAGACCCAUAAAUGGGCGUGGUUCCGCCGAUACUGCAUGGCCUCCAGAGUGGCUGUCGCUCUAGACAAGAGAACAGCUCUACCCAGAACUUUCCUGGAUGAGGUCUCAAAGAAAAUUCGUGAACUCAUGGCUGAUCAUGAGAGCAUGAGCAGCCUGCAUGAGAGUCAUGACUUAUUCAAGCGUGAACACGAUGAGCAGCUUGUACAGUGGAUGAACCGGCGACCAGAUGACUGGACCCUCUCAGCUGGGGGCAGUGGGACAAUCUAUGGGUGGGGCCACAACCACAGAGGUCAGCUAGGAGGCAUUGAGGGGGCAAAGGUCAAAGUGCCCACCCCCACUGAAGCCCUGGCUACACUGCGUCCUGUCCAGCUUAUUGGAGGGGAGCAGACUCUGUUUGCUGUCACUGCUGAUGGAAAGCUGUAUGCUACAGGAUAUGGUGCUGGCGGCAGAUUGGGCAUUGGCGGCACAGAAUCUGUGUCCACACCCACUCUGUUGGAGUCCAUCCAGCAUGUGUUUAUCAGGAAGGUGGCUGUGAAUUCUGGAGGAAAGCACUGCCUGGCACUCUCCUCUGAAGGAGAAGUUUAUUCAUGGGGAGAGGCUGAGGAUGGAAAACUUGGCCACGGGAACAGAAGCCCCUGUGACCGUCCUCGUGUAAUUGAGUCCCUGAGGGGAGUGGAAGUGGUGGACAUAGCUGCUGGAGGGGCACACAGUGCCUGCAUCACAGCUAGUGGCGAGCUCUUCACCUGGGGCAAAGGUCGCUAUGGCAGACUGGGGCACGGAGACAGUGAAGAUCAGCUCAAACCCAAGCUGGUGGAUGCACUACAAGGUCACAGGGUCAUCGACGUAGCCUGCGGCAGUGGAGAUGCCCAAACUCUGUGUCUCACAGAUGAUGACAUGGUUUGGUCGUGGGGAGAUGGGGACUACGGUAAAUUGGGUAGAGGAGGCAGUGAUGGCUGUAAAGUACCCAUGAAGAUUGACUCGCUCACAGGCCUGGGUGUGGUCAAAGUGGAGUGUGGCUCGCAGUUUUCUGUGGCUCUUACCAAGUCCGGAGCAGUCUACACGUGGGGGAAGGGUGACUAUCAUCGACUGGGCCAUGGCUCUGAUGAUCAUGUUCGACGACCAAGACAGGUUCAGGGGCUACAAGGCAAGAAGGUCAUUGCCAUCGCCACGGGGUCACUGCACUGUGUGUGCUGCACAGAAGAUGGAGAGGUGUACACGUGGGGGGACAAUGAUGAAGGCCAACUCGGAGAUGGUACCACUAAUGCCAUACAAAGGCCACGAUUGGUGGCUGCACUGCAGGGCAAGAAAAUCAAUAGGGUCGCCUGUGGUUCUGCUCACACCCUUGCAUGGUCCACUAGUAAACCCACCAAUGCUGGAAAACUCCCUGUACAGGUGCCGAUGGAGUACAACCACCUGCAGGAGAUCCCCAUCAUGACCUUAAGGAAUAGGCUGCUGCUUCUGCAUCACAUCUCAGAGCUCUUCUGUCCCUGCAUACCCAUGUUUGACCUGGAAGGUCGGCUGGGACAGACAGGCCACGGGCCAUCAGUGGGCUUUGACACACUCAGGGGCAUCCUCAUUUCCCAGGGCAAGGAAGCAGCCUUCAGGAAGGUUGUUCAAGCCACAAUGGUGAGGGACAGACAGCAUGGACCUGUGGUGGAACUCAAUAGGAUACAGGUAAAGCGUUCCCGCAGCAAAGGGGGCCUGGCAGGUCCUGAUGGAACCAAGUCUGUGUUUGGUCAGAUGUGUGCCAAAAUGAGUUCCUUCAGUCCUGACAGCCUGCUGCUCCCUCAUCGUGUCUGGAAGGUGAAAUUUGUAGGGGAGUCUGUGGAUGACUGUGGCGGUGGCUACAGCGAGUCCAUCGCUGAAAUGUGUGAGGAGCUGCAGAACGCUCUGACGCCGCUGCUCAUUGUCACCCCGAAUGGCAGAGACGAGUCCGGCGCAAACAGAGACUGUUUCCUGCUCAACCCUGCAGCCAAGUCCCCUCUUCACAUGAGCAUGUUCCGUUUCUUAGGAGUCCUUCUGGGCAUCGCCAUCCGCACUGGAAGCCCUCUUAGUCUGAACCUGGCAGAGCCAGUGUGGAAGCAGCUGGCAGGCAUGAACCUCACCAUCGCUGACCUCAGUGAGGUUGAUAAGGAUUUUAUUCCUGGCCUGAUGUACAUCCGGGACAAUGAGGCCACAGCUGAGGAGUUUGAGGCCAUGACAUUGCCAUUCACAGUGCCGAACGCCAGCGGUCAGGACAUCCAGCUCAGCUCCAAGUACUGCCACAUUACUCUGGAGAACCGCACAGAAUAUGUUCGCCUAGCAAUAAAUUACAGGCUCCAUGAGUUUGACGAGCAGGUGUCUGCAGUGAGGGAGGGAAUGGCUCGAGUGGUUCCUGUUCCCUUGCUGUCACUUUUCACUGGUUAUGAACUAGAAACAAUGGUGUGUGGGAGUCCGGACAUUCCUCUCCACCUCUUGAAGUCAGUGGCUACCUACAAAGGAGUGGAGCCAACAGCUCCACUCAUCCAGUGGUUCUGGGAGGUGAUGGAGUCCUUCUCCAAUACAGAGAGGUCCCUCUUCCUUCGGUUCGUCUGGGGGCGCACGCGUCUGCCCCGCACCAUUGCUGAUUUCCGUGGGCGGGAUUUUGUUGUGCAGGUGCUAGAUAAGUACAACCCCCCUGACCACUUCCUCCCGGAGUCCUACACAUGUUUCUUCCUGCUGAAGCUGCCAAGGUACUCCUGUAAGCAGGUGCUGGAGGAGAAACUCAAGUACGCCAUUCACUUCUGCAAGUCUAUUGACACUGAUGACUACGCCCGCAUCGCUCUGUCCGGGGAGCCCGCCGCUGAUGACAGCAGCGAAGACUCUGACAAUGAGGACGCUGACUCCUUCGCUUCAGACUCCACCCAGGACUACCUGACAGGACACUGAAGUCUGUCUGACCUUUGCAGAAGCACUGAUCCCCGAAGAGUUGAGGUGAUGCAGCCACCACAGGAAGUUGAUAUGCACAUUCAUACAGACGUUCUAUGAAGACACAAACAUCUAUGGGGGGAAAAUGUGCAAUGAGCUUUUAAAAGCAUUAUAAGCUACAGAGAGGAACAAAGGUUCGCUCUUACUUAGUUUCUUCAAAAGGUGAUUGUGAUUCUUGUAUAUCAUGGGGAAAAAUGUAUAGUACAUUACAGAAAGAAAGGCUCCAGCCAAACACUGUGGUAGAUUUCCCCCGCCCGGUUUGUGUAGAUUUCCUGUUCCUAGUUUGUACAUACAAACCGACGUGUGACAAAACAGUAGUAUUAGUUACGUUUCUUGGUAAACACAUUUCUUUACAUAAAAUUUUUUAACUU